UGUGUCUGUUUGUGUGUGUUCUCCUCCUCACAGUGUUUUUCUCUUCACAGACUGCGACAGUAUCUUUGCUGUGUUCUCUCUUCCUCAUGGUCCACGGUCCUCCUCCGUCUCCUCCAUGGUGAGUUUCAGUCGGGGCUCAGAGGACGCUCCUGUUCCUCCUCCUGUUCCCCCUCGAAGACGACCAGAGUCGGCGCCUGCUGAGUCCUCCCCCUCCAAGAUGAUGUCGAAGCCGGACAGCCCCCCUGCCGUCCCCCCUCGUCAGCCCACAUGUAAGCUCCUCCCCCCUCGUUACUCGUCAUCGUUGUCAUCGUCAUCCCCCCCUGACAGCCCCCCCUCGCUGCCUCCUCGGGAGCCCCUUAGUUCUCCUCUUCACCUGCUCCCCCCCCCUCAGGGUCGCCCUCGCUGUGACCUGCUGCCUCAGGCCUUCUUCCCCUCCACCACCACCUCCUCACCCACCAUCAGUUCUGUCUCCACCGCCUCCUCGCCCCCCCUUCCUCCGCUCACACCCAUCACCCCAAGCCCAACUCCCGCCUCCAGGAAGAUGCCUCUCCCCUCCCCACCCCUCGUACCCAUGGAUGGACCCCCUAUUCCCCCCCGACACAGUGUCCCCAAACUCCCCCCCAAGACUUACAAGAGGGAGUCUCUGAGCCACACCCCCUUGCUGGACACCCCCCCUGCACUGUGAUUGGACAAGUGGGCGGGAAGGUGUUGGACAAUCUGUGCUCUGUUAGUUAACACUACAGCUGAUUGGAUCAGAGUAGAAAAUGGAUUUCAUCACGCCUGAUCGACCAAUCAGGACUCUGAUCCAGUCCAAACUGAGACAAAAUACAAGACUGAUCAUGUGCUCUUAUUCUGAAAAACUACAUGAUUGUGGCCUCCGGCAGAACGUCGGAGGACGUCUGGAGAACAUUAGCUGAACAUUCGUCUGUGGUCAGAAGUUCAUUUCUGUUUUUGUCUGCGAGCUGAGACCUGUUGGACCUAAGGGGGCGUGUUUGGAACUAAUGGGACUUGUUGGGAGCUUUGUUGAGCAGACUCGUGAAGAGGAUUGUGGGUAAUGUUGUCCUCCACACACCCACAUGGACAUAGUUUUAGGCAUUGGUGGUUCAGGAUCCGUCAGGUGUGGAUCAGGACCACAAAGGUACUGAAGUGGUUCUGAUGAUGUAACGUGAUGAUGCUUCUUAAAAACAAGGGAAUAAACGUGUUUCUAUGACGACACAA